AUGGCCCAAGCCGAAUCUUCCGCCAGUGCUGCCCGCAAUGGCCUCAAAGCUGUCACAACGGGAGCUCCACCCGACUACGAGCUGCCUUGGGUCGAGAAAUAUCGCCCCGUCUUUCUCGAUGACAUCGUCGGAAACACAGAGACAAUCGAACGUUUGAAUAUUAUCGCGAAAGAUGGGAACAUGCCUCAUGUUAUCAUCUCGGGAAUGCCGGGUAUCGGAAAGACGACUUCGAUACUGUGUUUGGCGAGACAAUUGUUGGGUGACGCAUAUAAGGAGGCGGUGUUGGAAUUGAAUGCCAGUGACGAGAGAGGUAUCGAUGUGGUCCGCAACAGGAUCAAGGGAUUUGCUCAGAAGAAGGUCACUCUGUCACCAGGCCGUCACAAGAUUGUUAUACUUGACGAAGCCGAUAGUAUGACGCCGGGUGCCCAACAAGCGCUCCGGCGAACGAUGGAGAUCUAUUCGUCUACCACACGAUUCGCGUUCGCCUGCAACCAGUCCAAUAAAAUCAUCGAGCCUAUUCAGUCGCGAUGUGCUAUCCUCCGCUAUGCCCGGUUGACGGACACCCAGGUUGUCAAGCGGUUAAAGCAAGUUUGCGAGGCCGAAAAGGUGGAGCAUACGGAAGAUGGCAUUGCCGCCUUGGUGUUCAGUGCCGAGGGAGACAUGCGCCAAGCGAUCAACAACCUCCAGAGUACAUGGUCUGGCUUCGGGUUUGUUAGCGGAGACAAUGUGUUCCGGGUGGUUGACAGCCCCCAUCCUAUCAAGGUGCAGGCGAUGAUCAAGGCCUGCUGGGAGGGCAAGGUGGAUGCUGCCUUGGAAUCCCUGAACGAGCUAUGGAACCUAGGAUACUCUUCUCAUGAUAUCAUCAGUACCAUGUUUCGAGUCACCAAGACUAUCCCGACUCUGUCGGAGCAUUCCAAGCUAGAGUUCAUCCGAGAGAUCGGGUUUACGCAUAUGCGCAUCUUAGAUGGUGUACAAUCCUUGCUUCAAUUGAGCGGCUGCAUAUCGAAACUCUGCAAGAUCAACAUGAAACCCCAGCUAUUCGAGCCUCCGAAGGCCUAA